AUGGAGGAGGAGCUGAAGUGCCCGGUGUGCGGUUCCCUGUUUCGCGAGCCCAUCAUCCUGCCCUGUUCCCAUAAUGUCUGCCUCCCGUGCGCUCGCACCAUUGCUGUGCAGACCCCGGACGGCGAGCAGCACCUGUCCCCACCGCUCCUGCUUUCCCGGGGUGGCGCCGCCGCCGCGCCCCCUCCGGAUCAAGACACUGCAGCCGGCGCGGCCUGCGGCGGCGGAGCGAGCGCAAACGCUGCGGGCGGUCUGGGCGGUGGAGCGGCAGGUGGCGGGGACCACGCAGACAAGCUGAGCUUGUACAGCGAGACGGACAGCGGCUAUGGCUCCUACACCCCGAGCCUCAAGUCCCCCAACGGGGUCCGCGUACUACCCAUGGUGCCGGCGCCCCCCGGCUCCUCUGCCGCGGCUGCCCGAGGCGCCGCCUGCUCCUCGUUGUCGUCCUCCUCCAGUUCCAUCACGUGCCCGCAGUGCCACCGCAGCGCCUCCCUGGACCACCGCGGCCUACGCGGCUUCCAGCGCAACCGACUGCUGGAAGCCAUCGUGCAGCGGUACCAGCAGGGCCGCGGGACCGCGCCGGGGGCGUCUGCAGCCGUGGCGGUGGCCGUUUGCCAGCUGUGUGACCGCACCCCGCCGGAGCCGGCAGCCGCGCUGUGCGAGCAGUGCGACGUGCUCUACUGCGCCGCCUGCCAGCUCAAGUGCCACCCUUCCCGGGGCCCCUUCGCCAAGCAUCGCCUGGUGCAGCCGCCGCCGCCGCCCGCGCCACCUGAAGCGGCAGCGGCUCCGCCCAGCGCCGCUGCGACCCCCAGCACUGGCAGUGGCUGCAAAAGCCCAGGGGGCACUGGGGCCAGCGCGGCCCGGAAGUUUCCCACGUGUCCGGAGCAUGACAUGGAGAACUACAGCAUGUACUGCGUGAGCUGCCGGAGCCCGGUGUGCUACCUGUGUCUGGAAGAGGGCCGGCACGGCAAGCACGAGGUGAAGCCUCUGGGGGCCACGUGGAAACAGCACAAGGCCCAGCUCUCUCAGGCCUUAAACGGGGUUUCCGAUAAGGCCAAGGAGGCGAAGGAGUUUCUGGUCCAGCUCAAGAACAUCCUGCAGCAGAUCCAGGAGAAUGGGCUGGACUACGAGGCCUGCCUGGUGGCUCAGUGUGACGCUCUGGUGGAGGCUCUGACGCGGCAGAAGGCCAAGCUGCUCACCAAGGUGACAAAAGAGAGGGAGCACAAGUUGAAGAUGGUUUGGGACCAGAUCAACCACUGCACGCUGAAGCUGCGCCAGUCCACAGGGCUGAUGGAGUACUGCCUGGAGGUGAUGAAGGAGAACGACCCCUCUGGGUUCCUCCAGAUCUCCGAUGCUCUGAUCAAGCGCGUGCAGUUGUCCCAGGAGCAGUGGGUCAAAGGUGCCCUGGAGCCGAAAGUGUCUGCGGAGUUUGACCUGACCCUGGACAGCGAGCCACUGCUGCAGGCCAUCCACCAGCUGGACUUCAUUCAAAUGAAAUGUAGGGUGCCACCCGUCCCCCUGCUGCAACUGGAGAAGUGCUGCACUCGGAACAACAGUGUCACCCUGGCCUGGAGGACACCGCCCUUCACCCACAGCCCUGUGGACGGCUACAUCCUGGAGCUGGACGACGGGGACGGGGGGCAGUUCCGGGAAGUGUACGUGGGCAAGGAGACCCUGUGCACCAUUGACGGGCUGCACUUCAACAGCACCUACAACGCCAGAGUCAAGGCCUUCAGCACUGCUGGCCUCGGGCCCUACAGUAAAACCGUUGUCCUGCAGACAUCCGAUGUGGCCUGGUUCACAUUUGACCCCAAUUCUGGGCACCGGGACAUCAUUUUAUCCAAUGACAACCAGACAGCCACCUGCAGCAGCUACGAUGACCGGGUAGUGCUGGGCACAGCCGCCUUCUCCAAGGGUGCGCACUAUUGGGAGCUGCACGUGGACCGCUAUGACAACCACCCAGACCCUGCCUUUGGUGUGGCCAGGGCCAGUGUGGCCAAAGACAUGAUGCUGGGCAAGGACGACAGGGCCUGGGCCAUGUAUGUGGACAACCACCGCAGCUGGUUCAUGCACUGCAACUCUCACACCAACAGGACGGAAGGCGGAGUGUGCAAGGGGGCCACAGUGGGCGUGCUGCUGGACCUGAAUAAGCACACCCUGACCUUCUUCAUCAAUGGGCAGCAGCAGGGGCCCACGGCCUUCAGCCACGUGGACGGAGUCUUCAUGCCAGCCCUCAGCCUCAACCGCAACGUACAGGUCACCUUGCACACGGGACUGGAAGUACCAACCAACCUGGGGCGGCCAAAGCUGUCAGGCAACUAG